CUGCCUCCCCCCCUCACAAACACGGAAGCAGCAUGGCGUCAAGCAGCAGCAGCGGCGGCAGCUCCGAGGUGCAACGAAUUGCACAGCAAAGAUUGAGAAUAAUCGCUGGACAUCUACAGAGACCUGCGUACGAUGAAUCGGGGAUCGUUGCUAUGGAGUGCAAAGCUGAAGAAAUCAGAUCAGAUGUUGCCAACACACAGAAGACGUUGCCGAGGAGGAGGCAGGAAGUGAUGAAAUGGAACGGCUGGGGUUACAGCGACUCCAAAUUCAUCCUCAACAAGAAAGGCCAAGCGGAAUUCACCGGCAGAAGGUAUAGGCUCAGUGGGAUGGUCCUGCCCAGUCUGAGGGAGUGGAUGGAGAAGACGUUUGCGACGAGCAUGCAGCAUAAAAACAUGGCGAUGCCGGUUCUGAAUGCCAGCUCUGUGCAGCCGCCCUCCCUGAACCAGCCCUUCAUGGAUGAGCUCAAGUCCGCGGGCGUCCCCUUCUCCCUGGACGCCGAGGACCGGGUGUUCCGAGCCCACGGGCACUGCCUGCACGAGAUCUUCGCCCUCCGGGAGGGUCGUGUCGGCCGGACCCCCGACAUGGUGGCGUGGCCAAGUUGUCAUGACGACGUGGUGAAGAUGGUGGAGCUGGCCUGCAAGCACAAUGUUUGUUUGAUACCAUUUGGUGGUGGGACCAGCGUCUCCAGCGCCCUGGAAUGCCCCCCCGAGGAGACUCGCUCCAUCGUCUCCCUGGACACCUCCCAGAUGAACCGAAUAUUGUGGAUCGACGAGAAGAAUUUAACAGCCCAUGUCGAAGCUGGCAUCAUUGGACAGGAUUUGGAGAGAUUACUCAACGAGAGUGGCUACUGUACGGGCCACGAGCCAGACUCCAUGGAGUUCAGCUCUCUGGGAGGCUGGGUGGCCACCAGGGCCUCGGGCAUGAAGAAGAACAUCUAUGGAAACAUUGAGGACCUGGUGAUCCACGUCAGGAUGGUCACCCCUAAAGGAGUGAUCGAGAAGAGCUGCCAGGGUCCUCGCAUGUCCACUGGGCCCGACAUCCACCACUUCAUCCUGGGCUCUGAGGGUAUGCUGGGCGUGGUGACGGAGGUGACCAUGAAGAUCCGCCCGGUGCCGGAGUACCAGAAGUACGGCUCCGUGGUGUUCCCCUGCUUCGAGCAGGGCGUGGCCUGCCUCAGAGAAGUCGCCAGACAGAGAUGUGCUCCAGCCUCCAUCCGGCUCAUGGAUAACGAACAGUUUCAAUUUGGCCACGCGUUGAAGCCUCAAGUGUCGUCAAUCUUCACAUCGUUUGUGGAUGGGCUGAAGACGUUCUACAUUACAAAGUUCAAAGGAUUCGACCCCCACCAAUUGUGCGUCGCCACCCUGCUGUUUGAGGGGGACCGCGAGAAGGUCCUGCGGCACGAAAAACAAGUGUACGACAUCGCGGCCAAGUUUGGGGGCUUGGCGGCCGGAGAGGACAAUGGGCAGAGGGGAUACAUGCUGACCUUCGUCAUCGCUUACCUCCGGGAUCUGGGGAUGGACUACUACGUGAUCGGGGAGUCCUUUGAGACGUCCGUGCCGUGGGACAGGGUGUUGGACAUCUGCCGGAACGUGAAGGAGCGCAUCACCAGGGAGUGUAAAGACAGGGGCGUCCAGUACCCAGCCCUGUCGUCCUGCAGGGUGACCCAGACCUAUGACGCUGGAGCCUGUGUCUAUUUCUACUUUGCCUUCAACUACAGAGGACUGGCCGAACCGGUGCAUGUGUACGAACAAGUGGAGCGGGCCGCCAGAGGAGAGAUCCUGGCCAAUGGGGGAAGCCUGUCUCAUCACCACGGAGUUGGGAAACUUCGGAAGGAGUGGAUGAGAGAGACCGUCUCCAGUGUGGGCAUGGGAAUCCUGAAGUCGGUCAAGGACUACGUGGAUCCUGACAACAUCUUUGGCAACCGGAAUCUACUCUAAUUCCUUUUUCUUUUCUUUUUUUUCAACCCACCUUUUUUUGUCUCACUUUUCUAACAGCCUCUCGUGCAAUUUCGAUUCAUACUUCAUGUGAAUUUGUAAGACUGUGUCUUUUCCCCCUCUUCCUCGCCGUUUCGAGCGAAAAGACGACGUCGGCGUCAGCCGCCGAUCUCGUUCCAGCCUCAUCUUCAAUCCUCAUCGUCCUCAUCCUCCGCUUCCCACGCUGCUUGACCAUGUCUGUAUAGCACUUAUCCAGCUGUAGCCAUCAUCGUGUCUGAGAGGCAGUUCGUAAGUCAGUCCGCCAACGCCAUCGUGGGCCUUGGGGGUCGAGCGGCCCAGAAGGAGCUACUGUAGACGGACAAUUUCCAGCUCCACUCGAACCCCUGUCAUGGCCUUUUUCACUGCACACGAUCUAAAACACUGUCGAUAUACUCAUGUUUGCCUAUGAUGAAAUUGUCGUAUGUGUGUCGUGUCCCCCCCCCCCCCCCCCCC